AGAUUAUGGCUGCCUCACACCUGUUUUUGAAUGUGUUAACUGCUAUUUUACUGUUGAGCUACGUCUCUUUCUGUCAAAAAUCCAACACUGCCAGCACAGGUGAGCAGGACACCAAUCAGACGGCUGCUCCGUCUGGUGCUCCGGAGGUCACUCUUGCGACCCCGGGGUCAGAACCAGAAGAAAUCCCGUCAUCCGGGAGCCGUUGUUGGGGUUACUACGACGUGAUGGGCCAAUGGGAUCCUCCGUUUAACUGUAACGUGGGAAUCUACCUGUUCUGCUGCGGCUCCUGUUUCUAUCGAUUUUGCUGCCAGUUCAAGGUCCACAGCCUGGACCAGACGUCUUGUUCCAACUACGACACGCCGGUGUGGGCCAACACGGGCAAGCCGGCGGCUCCGGUGACCGAUGUCCAGGAGGAACCGGAUCGAGACCGCACUCACAUGAUCGUGUACAUAAUAUGUGGAGUGGUGGCCAUCAUGGUGCUGGUUGGGAUCUUCACCAAACUGGGGCUGGAAAAAAGUCAAGGAGGACAGACGGAAAUGACAAACUCCAGGGCCCUGACAGAACUGCUGAAACAGCCAGGCGAGGCCGGGGGAGUGGACAGAGGAGGAGGUCACCACCCCAUCGGAUCUAAUGGCAUCUCUGGCAGGUCAAUGCGCACCAACAACGAGCAUAACCACCUGAAUAACGUCACGCUUCCUCCUUUGAGUUCCGCAAUGACUCUGUCCCAGCCACACAACAACCUGGGCUUCAACAAAUACUCCUCUCUCAAGACUAUGGAUACUACAGCAAGGGAUUACUACCCCAAGAGCUACCCUAUGAUGGAUUAUGCACACCGCCAAUCCUCGCCUGCAACCUUCCAGCCCAUUGCUUUCCACCCAAAAGAUAAACCCUUCCUUCCGCCUCCAGACAUCCAUACUCCUUUGGCCAUCACCAUUACAUCGGCCCAAGUCCCCAAGCACAAAAUCUCCAAGACCAACACCCACCCACUCACCUCGAGCUCGGCCUUCAAAGUCUGGGACCCCAACAAGAGCCAUGUCCAACAUCAGGUCCCUCUCAUGGCCCAGCCACCACUGUCCCAACCAAACUGUCGUCGCCAGGCCUUCACCAACAAGCGGCAGUUUAGCAUUGAGACUCUUCCAGAGUUGUUCACCCAGCCUCUGGGGUAUGGACAGUCUCCACACCUUCACCCGAAACACAAGGGACUGCCCACGAACAGCAAAACGGAAGUGACAGUCUGAGGGGAAAGCCUAGAAAAGACGCAAACACAAGAAAGCAUGAUUUUGAUUAGACAUUGCAACUGGAUGGACGUGAAAGCUUCUGCACAUGUGCUUCAGUUAUAUUUAUAGUAUAUUCCUUCCUUGUACAUAUUUUGGACUAGAUUUAUAUUCACUGUACUAAAAUACAGAGAACCGAAGGGGAAAACGUUGCAUGGUCUUGAUUCCGAUUCUCGAUGGGCCUUGAAUCCCUGGUGAUCCUACUUCCCCCUAAAAUUCUGGACUUGUACUGCUGGCCUUCAGAUGUCUCUUGUGGCCCAGACCCAUGUGUCCGAUAGCACAGGGCAGGAGCCCUACACCUCAGGAGCCUUCACACCCUUUCAGACAAGGCCAUUGUGCUGUCAACUUCAAUCAACCAAGAGCUGCCACACAGUGAGUUAUUAUUCAGACAAUUCUAGACCACUGUGGACAAAGAACAGCGAGGAAGCAUAAGGAAAAGGACAGUGAAUAAACCAAGGUGUCCUGUGAGAGAGAAGGAGAGAGAAAGAGAGUUUCAACUGUUAUGAUGUUCAAGGGUUUGUUAUUUCAGUCAAUGGAUAAGGGUCUAGGUGAAAUUGGCCAAUGUCCCUAGGACUUUUUAUCUCAACACCUUCAUCGAAGGAUGCAUUCCAGCACUUGUCUAGGGAGCGGAACGCCAACAUCACUUCAAGUCAUAGCUAUUCUGGCUGCUUCUAUUUCAAUCUCUUUUUCGAGAGGUAAAGACAAGGUCAAUGAGCAAGUCUCUAUUACCGAAAGACUUCAAGAGAGACAUUUCAGGGGACAAAAGUCACCCACAGAGAUAAGGUGCCAUAGUGACGGAGGAGCACACACCUAGGUGAACAAGUCCGGCAAUGUCAUAAGUAGCACUGCCAACUUUGCUAAAAUGACCAAUGUGUAUUCUUUGCAAUAUCUGUCAAACAGCCUGUUUCCUCAGAAUACUUCGGAAUAUAAAUAAUUACGCUUUUGGUUAAAGCAAGAACCUAUUUCACCGAUCGUUUGGUGGCCAAAUCUAGCAUGUAGCGGCAAUACCUACACCCUAUUGUAGCAUCCUAAUGCACAUGGCAUUGAAAACCACUAAAUCUGGAGGUGGGCAUCGGUUUCAGAGUGAAGAGUUUAGGUGUCUCUGGAAUUGCUCAAGAGACCAGGGAAAAUGGUAGCAAUACUAAGCCUAUCCGUCCUCUCCUGCCUGGGGCCAAAUGACUGAUGGACACAGCUGUCAAAGUCACUCACUCUCUGCUGUUCCAAGCUGUUCCCAGCCAGGCGUUUGGCUGCCACACUGCCACAGAACAGCAGGGGGCGCUGUAAUUGAUGAUGGCCUGCUUCUAAUACAGCAGAUCCAAAAAUAUGUUCUCCAAUACUGUCUGUAGACUUGUUUUUUCUUGUCUGUCCUGUCUUUUUCAUCCACACUGGAUCCGAAUGGAGAUUUAGCAUUCUUGCUCGAAGACAAGCACGAGGCGACAAAACAAAAUGGAAAUGUUUUAUGCACCAAUUUAAAGGAGACCUGGAGAGAUGUCUGAUGGUUACCUCUUGCUUCUUCACAUGACAAUAAAGCAUAUGAGUACUGAGCAAACACCUGUGUCUAAAAAGUAGCACACUUUGUUUGAACAGCCUUGUGAGAUUUUACAGGCCAAGGACAGUUAAUGUACAAGCCACCUAGGGACUAUUUAAGUGUGUGAAAUGUUUAGAGUUCAACAAAACUGCUGCUUGCAAAUAAAACGGCAGUACUGCGAGAAGAGAAGCAGAGAUGGAUUAUUGAACUCGGAACAAGAACACUAGGUUGCAUUAUGCAUAUACACUUUACAGCAAUUGGGCCUGUAAUGAACUAUAAAAAAGGACAAAAAGAAAGAAAGAAGUUCUCUCUCUAUCUCUCUCUCUAUUCUCACCAGAUUUAUUUUGGAGAUAAUAUCUACUUCUGGACAAACUCCAGGGACAGCAGCUCCAUAAAUAUGACAGCAAGUACAGUUUGAGCAUGUUCCUGGAUGGCUAUUUUCAACCGUUGAAUUGAUACGAGGAUGUAUCAACAUGCUCUCAUGGGUCAGAAUCGAGUCAAACUAUCCUAAGCUACAGUGAUGCUCUAUUCUGUCUCGGUGGCAAUGGCUCCAGAGUGUCAUUGGGUUUCAGGGGCAAACCCUGGAGGACAGACACAGCUGUCAGACUCUCCUGGCACAGAGAUGUCAAGCGAUGCCAAGGUGAGCCAGCUACACAACCCUCUGCCUGAAACGGAGCCACUUUGUUGGCCAGGAGGUCACGAAGUCUGUCUUUGAGGAAUGCUGGAAUAGAGCAGAGUAGAUUUAGCUGUCAAUAAAACCACAGCGACAACGUCUCUAGCUAGAUCAGCUUAAAACCUGAAUCAAAUGAGGAAUAACUUCCAGGAAUAAUCUUCGUACAAAACAAUAAAGCACUGGAUUGGUCAGGUUACUUCUUAAUUCUGCAGGUUAAGGACUAAAAAGUUAAAUCAAGUUGAUGUCUGUUACAAAGAAACACAAGGUGUAAAUAUCGGCUUCCGAAUACCUUCGGUGUGAAGACUUGUUUCCAGUGGGUUUUUUAAACCACACAAAUAAGCUGAAUGACUGUUGUUUCUGAUUUCUUCUCAACAUAAAAGUGUUCUACCUGUGAUGUGAAUGCCACCGGGUAGCAUUUUAUCUUUAGCAAUACAUGAUGUACUUUUUACUGUUUAUGUACUAUUUGCAAUGUCGUUUUUUUGUACCGUAAGCGUAAAUGGAAUCAGAGUCGAGUCUGCCACAGUUGACAACCAUUUGACGAGAUGAAGUGCUUCCGAAUUUUAACACCCUUCUCACUUUCCUUACUAACUUAAAUGAUGUCUUGCCAUAUUUGAAGCUUGCGCUAUAUGUAUAAAGCUUAUGCUUUAUUUAAUCAUUUUUAAAAGAUGUAUUAUAACCAAUGCUUGAAUGACAUCUUAGUUGCCAGUCCAGAGACAUGUAAUAUGUAUAUUAGAGAAUCAUUGUUCCCAUUUGUUUGAUGGCUCUAUUCGUUUGGUGGUAUGUUUGACCAAUCUAAUCUUAUGCACUAUUCUAAUUUGUACCUUUUGUCUAUGUAUAAUUAGGAUGAAUUUUACAAAGGGCUUUUAAAGAGGUAUGUGCUCAUAACAGGAGUUGCCCGUGUUGAAAAUGGAAAGGGUUUGUUUUUCCCAAUGCAAUGAGAGUGAGUGACA